AUGAUACAAAAGAAAUUCAUUUCAACUUCAGUGAAUACUGAAUUUCAUUCAUUAUUUCAAAAGAAUCAUCCAAAUGCACUUAGACCAUUAUCAAUCAUUCAAGUUGAAUCAUAUACAAAUUCAAGUAGAACAAGUACGAGUUUAUUCACAGGAGUUCUAAUGGCAGUUAAAAGACGUGGUACAGAAACAAGUUUUAGACUUAGAUGUUUGAUUGAAAGAGUAGGAAUUGAAAUCAAAUUUAAUGUGUUUAGUCCAAUGAUCAAAAAUAUUAUUGUGGUUAAAAGGUCAGGUGAAAUUGAUGAUAAAAGAGGUAAAAUGAUGAUACAAAAACCAAGAAGAGCUAAAUUGUUUUACUUAAGAGAUCAACCUCAAAAAUUACCUGAUAUUAAAAAAAUCAUUAAAGCUGUUUCAAUCGAAAAUCAAAACUUACGUAAACUUAAUGAAGAAAAAGAAAAGGUUGUAAAUUGA